UAAUAUACAACAUAUCAAAUCCAACCAAAAGUUGUCUAAAAACCCUUUAAACUUCAAAGUCGCCAUUAUAAAAACCUCAUAGCACCUAUUGCCCUUUAUUAUACAUUCGUUUCCAAUUUCUAAACUCUCUCAGUCUCUCUGACUAAAAUCUAUAUCUCUCUUUCUCUCACACUUUCCUUUAUCAUCUCUGAAAAUAGCAAAGCAAAAAUAACCAUGAAAAUCUCCUUUUUCCUACUUGAAAACUCAGAAACUAUUACAUCUCUAUUACCUUGAUAAAAUUAAAAACCUCUCUUCUACCUUUUUAUUUUUUUAAUUUUAUUUUUUUAAUUUUUUUCAAAAGAUGGAAAAGCUUCCUCAUAACAACAUGACUACUUCUUCUUCUUCUUCACCAUCACCAACAUCUCCAACACCAACAACCUUUGUUCAAGCAGACCCUAAUACCUUCAGGGACUUAGUCCAGAAGCUGACCGGUUUAUCCGGUGACUCCGAGAAACUCCCUCUCACCCUCCCAACCAGAGUCUCCCCCAAACCCACAAAUAUACCCGUUGACCCAACCGGCCCUCGCCGGUCACCUUUCAAGCUCCAAGACCGGAGACAGACCAUGAGAAAGCUGGAGAUCAAGCUCAGCCUGGCUACUCUCCGAAGCUCACCCACUCAUCACUCUCCUCGCCAACCUCAUCAUCUCUUUGACUCGCCGAUUCAGAGUCCGGUCACCCCACUUGGGUCUGACUCACUCUUCUUCCCGAGUUCUGGCUCCGAGUCGCCAUCGUCGCCGGCGGUUUCGGAGGAGGAGAGGGCAAUAGCUGAGAAGGGGUUUUAUUUGCACCCGUCGCCGCUGAGUACGCCAAGAGGGUCCGAGCGACCGGAGCUCUUGACCCUGUUCCCGCUUACUUCCCCCAAAACUCGGGAUUCAUGAAAAAAAAAAAAAAAAAAAAGUUAAUUUUUUUUUUUUUUUUUUUUGGGUUUGUUGAAAAUGGUUUUUAUCUCCGACUGGAAUGUUGAUUGUUGCAUGAACUUCUCUCUUAUUUUAUAUAUAAUUUAUUUUAUUUA